AUCCACACUCACACUCUCCUUCGUACCGCCAAACCAUGUCCAUCGUCAUCGCUCACUCCUCUCCUUCGUCUUCGUCGAUAGCGCCUCACUGAUCUGAUCUUCCUGAUAUUGUUCCUCUACCAUGGAGCUGAUCAAGCUCACCUAGCACGGAGCCACCCCCGGAGCAGCAAGAGCCAGACCCAACGCCACGAAUCUUCAACCAGACCACGGCGGAGCUGGGAAUCCCCUGUUCCGUGGAUUUGCAUGAAUUGAUCGAGGGGAGGGACUAGGAAUACGCAAGACUCUUUUUGUGUUUGCUGGGGGAGCGAAUUCACUCUCGCUCAGGCUAUUUUGCAGCAUUGUCAUUCCUGUACUGUACUGUACCCAUACGUCUCUCUCUCUCUCUCUCUCUCUCUCUGAUCACACACAGAGUCACACCUUCCGCGAACAAGUUGUACGGCUCAGCCAUUUUUUACAACCAAAGAAUCGUCACGCUCUCUCUAUGAAACUUCUCUUCCUAAACCCAUCACACUCUCCCUCCUCCCAGCUAAAAUCCCUCUUCUCCUUCCCUCCUCUCUUCUCUCCCCACAACAACCAUCACCCCAACGCCUCCACCCACCACAAGCCCGUCCGGUGGUCCCCGAUGGCCUCCUCCGCAGCCGCCCACCGCCGCCUCCGCCGCCGCGCCAAGGUGGUCGUCAUCAUGGGAGCCACCGGGUGCGGCAAGUCCCGCCUCUCCAUCGACCUGGCCUCCCUCUUCCCUUCCGAGGUCAUCAACUCCGACAAAAUGCAAGUCUACCAGGGCCUCGACAUCACUACCAACAAGAUCACCCCGGCGGAACGCCUCGGCGUCCCCCACCACCUCCUCGGCUCCUACGACCCUGACGACGGCGAGAUGACGCCGUCGCAGUUCCGCUCCCUCGGCCACGCCGCCAUCUCCGGCGUUGCCUCCCGCGGUAAUCUCCCCCUCCUCGUCGGCGGCUCCAACUCCUUCAUCCACGCUCUCCUGGUGGAGCGGUUCGACCCGGAGACGGACGUGUUCGGCGGGCUCGGCUCGCCGGCGAGCCCCGAGCUGAGGUACGACUGUUGCUUUCUGUGGGUCGACGUGUCGCUGCCCGUCCUGGAGGAUUACCUGUCGAAGCGCGUGGACGACAUGCUCGGGAUCGGCAUGUUCGAGGAGCUCGCCCACUACUACGACCCGGGCCGGACCGACCCGGGUGGUCGGACCGGGCUGAGGAGAGCCAUAGGCGUGCCGGAGUUUGACCGUUAUUUCAAGAAGUACCCGCCGAGGGGGGUGGGCCAGAGGGACGCGUGGCGGCAGGAGGAGGGAAAGGAGGGGGACGACGAUCGGAUGCGGGAGGGUGCAUACGAGGAGGCGGUGAGGGAGAUAAAGGAGAACACGCGCCAGCUGGCGAAGAGGCAGAUUGGGAAGAUCCUGCGGCUGAGAGGGUGCGGGUGGGAGAUGAGGAGGCUGGACGCGACGGAGGCGUUCGGGCUGGCGACCGCGGGGGAGGGCGGCGGCAGGUGGCGGGAAGUUUGGGAGGGGCAGGUGGUGGGGCCGAGCGCAAAGUUUGUGAAGCGGUUCUUGCAAGAGAAGUAGGUGUCGUUUCCGAGAAAAUUCUUCUAAUUUUCACUCUCUUGUUUGUCACCAUAUUUUUGGGGGAGAGGUCAAAAAAUGC